CAGACCCGGAUCGGCUCGACCGGGUCUAACGCGUGCCGCGCGCGCCGUGUGCUGGCCUGCCGAAUCCCGCCCGGAAGAACGCGCGGGCCUCCGUCUCAAAAUACUAUGCGGAGCAGCGCACACGUUUGCGAGCAGCCAAACACAGUUAUUUUGCCAAGAUGCCUCGGGUAAGAAGACAGGUAAUCCUGGAGGAACCGGCCAGGCCUGUUACGCCGGACAUAACAGAAACAAAAUUAUUGAAGUCCGAGUUGCUGGAGGAGGGAUCCCUGGACGAGGUUCAGCCACAAAAAGUGGCGGAGGAGACCCCGAGUCCUCAUUUACAAGAUCAUCAGUAUGGACAGACGCCUUGUUACCAGAUAACGAGGAAGCCCACACAGCCAAUGGUGCGAACCGAGAUAUUGUCUCACACGGUAAAAAGAAGACUGAAUCUGGAGGUGGCGACCACUGGUUCCGGCCAGUCCACCUUCAAGGCACCGAGAGGUAAACGCAGGAGGUCCGGCUCGAGCUCCCUCGCUGGUCACACGCCGACCAAAACUAAAACGGUAGAGAGGACGCGCUACGACACGUCGUUGAGCUUGCUCACGAAAAAAUUCAUCCACCUGGUAGAGAGCAGCCAGGAUGGCGUGGUGGAUUUGAAUGUAGCGUCUGAAAAGCUGGAGGUACAAAAACGUCGUAUAUACGACAUUACUAAUGUUUUAGAGGGCAUUGGUAUCUUAGAGAAGAAAAGUAAAAACAAUAUCCAGUGGAAGGGCGGCCAGUUACCGAACAAUCGGAACGAUAUCGCCAAUCUCAGGAAGGAGGUCGCGGACUUAGAAGCUAAGGAGAACACCCUGGAUCGAUUGAUUCACGGUGCUGACAAAAACCUGCGCGAGCUCUGCGCCGACAGACAAUACGCUUAUGUAACGUAUCACGAUUUACGAUCGGUCCCGAUGUACAAAGACCAAGCUAUCAUGGCUGUGAAAGCCCCGCCAGAGGCUACCCUCCAUGUCCCGCAACCUGUCAAUAACCUUGGCCAGCAAAAACUUCAGAUGCAUAUGAGGUCGGAACACGGGGAGAUAGAGGUGUUCCUGUGCCCGGAUGAUCCCGCGGUGAAAACGUCGCCGUGUCACGGAUACGCGACGACGCAAAUUGUGCCUCAAUCAAAAGAGCCCGAUAUACCUUGCUUGCCUCCCGAACUCUUGGUCAAUAGAGAUAGCGACGUGCGAGUCGAGCCGUUACCCUCGUCCUCCGACGAGGAUAUCAAUGCCCGUCUCUGUACUCCCGUAAUUACCAGUAUAACAAGCAUGAAGGAUGCGUUCUUAUGUGAAUCCGAUGAUUAUGGACCAAUGGGUGGCGGCAAGUUCCAACUUCAAACAGAGGACCAAAUCAGCACUUCAGAUCUGAGUAUUCUCGAUUUUGGGGAACAACUGCUGACUUUGGAACCGCCUCUCUCCGAGAACGACUACUCGUUCUCGUUAGGCACUGAGGAGGGUCUUUCGGAUCUCUUCGAUUUCAAAUUCUAGGAAUAUUAUCGCUAUUGUAAGAACGUUCUUGUCUUUUUCGACUAUCAUCCGAACUUGCGCCUUCGCGUUAUACAAUGAUGAUACAUACACGGUGGUUGGCAAUUUCGUUCCGCGCGUCAGUCCUCGGAAUCGCGUGUAGACAGAAUUGUUUUUUUAUUUAUUUGCCGUUUCUCCGAAAGAACGUUCCCCCCCGAGCUGAAAGUUCAUUUUCGCGCUUCACGCGUACGUUUAAUAAUAUUUUUAAACGAUAACAAGACGAUUAUGCGGCACACAUGACGCAUCCAUACUUUCGCUCUCGAUUAAUGAUGGAUUGUAAAUACGAAUUACGUGGAAUGGAUUACGUUAUUAAAGUAAAAAUAAUUUUAAUAGAGAGAGAGAGAGCUGGUCCGUUGUUACCUAUUAUAAAAAUUACGGACGUGUGUGUACCGAUUUUUGUCCGCGCGGGAAUAUUUUAACACUUUUCGCAAUUUCCCUCGCGUUAUACGUGUAUUUCAUUUUGGAGUGUCGCAUUUCACCGUCUUUUUUUAAAAUUUCUCCUUAUCGGAUCGCGAAUUCUAAGAUGAAGCGAGGAAGCUGGACCGCGAAGCACAGGAGAAACAUAUCACGAAAUUGUUAACACGUGCUUCCGGCUUGAUACGACGUCGAUGUCUGCGACGGUUACGUUCGCGGAAUGGAUUGCGCAAAGAUUUUCAACAGCGAGAGAUGACGAUGACGAUGAGCGAAGGCGCCUUUUUUGUGCAAUCUGUAAUAAUAUUGUAAAUUGAGAUAAGAAGUAGAGGGAGAGCGACGACGUACUCGGGAUUUUAGAGAGAGGAGAGACUGUACUUGUCGGACAACGACCCGAUUUUGCAUUUUGCAUAACUGUUUAACUCGGGAAAUCAAUCGAGACGGAUCAGAGACGAGCGCGCAUAGCGAGGUGCUGCCGAUGAGUUGCUUGCGUGUGUGUGUGUGUGUGUGCGUGCGUGCAUGUGUGUGAGACGGAUGAUGUACAAUAGUCUUAUUAUCUUUUUGUAAUUCCAAUCGAUCGGUCGGAUUUUCGGCGCGACGGACUCGCGCGAGUUUCCCGUUCCAAGUAUAUGCACUGUAUCGGCUCCUCGUUGUCCGAUGGGAGGAUUGCAUGCGACAACCGAUGAUUCUGCUAGCUAGGGUCGAUCAACCUUCUUUUUACCGUCGUUGAGGAUAUCGCGAUGGGGAUGCGAGCGUACGAGAGCGAGAGGGACCUCGGGCUGUCGCGUCGCGCUCGAGCGUGCUCGUAUACAAUUCCAUACCGAUUCCAUAACGAUCAUCAUCGUUUUGAGAUCCGUUCAGAGCACAGUGCUAUUCUGGACCUGAUCACACGGGGGGGUUUUUUCAGGGGGCGGUCCCUCGCGCUGGACGAACACUCGAUUCUCACCGAGAGGGAUUCCACGCGUUCCUCUCUCGCUCGAGUGUACGCCGGGGAAACUGUCCCGCUUGAAAGCCCCUCGAAGGAUGUACCCUAACGCACGACUUAGUGUACGUCCAAAGCCAUAGUGCCUACAAAGUAACGAUCAUACCCUUCUGCAAUUGUAAAUACUUUACAAAUAUAAUUGUACGGAUGUGAGCACGCAGGCACACGUGUAUUGUAUCGCGUGGGGGAGAACGUGUCGACUCAAAAAAAAAAGAAAAACGGACGGACAUGCUGCGAACAUCUCGUUACGUGUAAUUAUUACCGUUUAAAAAUUACCGAUUAGUUUAUUACUCUUAACGAUCUUAUUGAUAAUUAUCAUUAAUUAUCGUCAGUACGUUGAACGAGACCAGACGUUAGUUUGUAAUUUUCCUUUCUAUGUGUAACGUACAUGUAAUACGUAUUUACAUUUGUAGCGAACGAACGUUAUGCAGGAUUCACGCGAAUUUAUCGCGCGUAAGUCGAGCACUCGGCUUCGGUAGAACGGUGUCGGGCAUCAACUGAGGUCAAUAAUCGGUACCAGUACGCGAUACGGUCUCUUCACGGUUCGAAACUGUAUUUCAAGAAUCGAGGAGCAUGCACGGAUUUAUAUAUUGUGGACUUGAUGAUGAUGCCGAGUGCUGGCUCUGAGUACUGAUCUCGGUAUGUACAUUCACGGAGUAAUCUCACACGUGAGAGUAUCUCGGACGACAGUUUUUCAGUUGACCAUCCGGCAAUCCUACAGAUUGUUACUUUGCACAAUGUUCGCCGCGGACUCCCGUUCGUGACGGUCGGGAGGAAUUGUAUUAAUCUUGUUUUCGUUUUAGAAUUAUAUAACUAGCCGCCGUCGAGUGCUUUUUUUCAUAUGCCACGAGAAGGGAGAGCGAGCGAGCGAGCGAGUGUGCGUGUCGAGUGCGUUAAUGCGAAAGAGAACGAGAGAGAGGUAUGUGUGUCGUGUGCGUACGCGUGUGAGAGCGAGAGGAGGAUCCUCAUCUCGCGAGUCGCGUGAGCGGUGUAAAUUUUGCGACAGCCGGUGUUGUGCGUCCCUAUACGCGCACGCGCGCUUCUUUCGAUCGGCAUGCUCGAGAGACUGUUCGGAAUCGGUGAGGGAGAGAAGCAAGAAUUAAAUGCUGAUCGAUGAGGGAGAGAGAGAGAGAGAAAAGAGGAGGGAAUCGAGUGAUGUAUCGUGUUACGACGAACGCAUUUGGGAUCCGGUCCGCUAAAAAGAACACCGCAGAGAAGAAAGUUACGAAAUAUAAUACCUUAUGUAACACCGUAUAGAGUAGUGCAUCAUUGUUCCUUAUACUUGUCCCGUGUUAGUCGUAAUUUACCUAGACGAAUACAGCCGUGUCACGUGAUGA